AUGGCGGGCCGUAUCAUCUUCUCCGGAUUGCUGACCGCAUCUCUUGCGUCUAUCUCCGCCUUGGCCGCUCCGGUUGUUAAGAGAAAUCCCUACAACUUUGUUCUCAAAAACCCCUACAGCGAUACAAUCUUCGAGCUAGGGAAUGUCUCAUACCUGGCAAAUACCAAGUAUCCGAAGGCGAGUGCUGGUUGCGCAGUUGCCGGCACAUCUACGUCAAUUCCGAUCACCGUCAUCAAAACCAACGAGACCACUAUCACAGAGGAUGUCCUGACGAGCAUCGUAUCGUCGUACCUCGAGGGUGACGACGUCUUCAGUCAUGACUUCCUGGACGGGCUGUAUCUCUCGUCUAGCGUCAAGUCGACCUUGGAUGCUUCUGCCAUGGAAUAUCUAGCAACCUUCAACACGAGCAUGCUUUUCGUGGACUCUACGGUGACUGCAGACGCCUCAGCGAAUAAUGUCGUACUCCAAGCGCCCGUUGAGAUCCCCGCUGGCCCAUACCUCGCAUCUGUGGAAGACGGCUCUGUAAGCUUUGCGACUGUGUACCGACUUUACCCAGAUACUUACAGGACGUUCCUCUUCGGCGCCUACGAUGCGAAUGAUGGAGAAGACAACUACAACCCGCUUGGCGUUUUCCUGCCCAAAUUCUGGGAUCCUAUGAUUCCUGUUCCUUCACGCAUUUACUACUGGGAUGACGACAGACCCCUCGCAGGCGAGCGUGUCGCGAUCAAGGACUUGUACGACCUCAAGGGUCUACAAACCUCUGGCGGCAGUCAAGCAUGGGCUUAUAUCACGCCUAUCUCAAACGGCACAGCACCUUCAGUACAGCAGAUUCUCGAUCUCGGAGGUGUCGUAGUCGGCAAACAGAAGCUCGCUCAAUUUGCUUCUGGUGCUAACCCUUGGGAAUGGCAAGAUGAGCACUACCCAUUCAACCCGAGAGGAGAUGGAUGGCUCACGUGCUCAGCUUCUUCAUCCGGUGGUGGCUGCUCCAUUGCCGCGUACGACUGGCUAGAUUACGCCAUUGGGAGCGAUACGGGUUCUUCCAUGAGACGGCCAGCCGCGGUAGCGGGCGUAUACGGCCAACGACCCAGCCAGGGCAUGAUAUCCCUCGAAAGAGUCAUUCCCCUAGGAGCCGCAACCGACACCGCCGGCGUCUUCUCCCGCGACCCUUACAAAUGGAUCAAGUUUGCAAAAUCCUGGUACACACCCUCCCUCUACCAAGACGCGUCGAUAACUGGACUGUCUCCCCUCUCCGUUCCAGACACCAACGCAUUUCCCAAAACAAUCUUAUACCCCACCGACUACCUACCUCUCAACAACUCCGCCGCAGAACCCAUCCUCCAAGACUUCAUAGUAAACAUGUCUCGAAUCUUCAACAUGACAGUCAAAGAGUUCAACUUCACCGCCACCGUACAAAACUUCUCCGACCCCAUCGCUAGCAACUUUACAACCAUGAACGCCGCCACCAGCGUGAUAAACACAUGGUCCGCGUGGACCGUCGUCGGAAAACCCCUGCUAACAGCUUGGGCCGCCCUCUUCGACGGCCGCUUCCCUCCCAUCGAUCCCGCACGGAGACCGGGAUGGGCAAACUUCAAUGAAAGCCGUACAAAUCAGACAACUUACGACGCGGCCCUCGUCACCAAGAACACAGCUGUAGAAUGGUACGAGCGCGAAUUGCAAUACUCGACCCCAGAGUCUUGCUCCGAGUCGGUUAUGCUCUACGACAUUGGCACAGGCGGUCUCCCUUCGUUUCGCGAAAAGGAACUCAAUGACUCGCCGGAUGCGUCGUAUCUAGCUGUUACGCCGCCAACGGCGAAGAUAACGGGUGCGGGUAUCUGUCCGAUUUUUGGGUGUGCGGAUUUUACGGUGCCGAUUGGGCAGGUGGCGUAUCAGAGUAAUGUUACGUUCCAUGAGGAAAUGGUUCCUGUGACGAUCAAUCUUGUGGUGAAGCGGGGGUGUGAUUUUGUGCUUUACAACAUGAUUGAGAGGUUGGCUGAUGAAGGGGUGUUGAAGAGUGUUAAGACAGGGAGAACGGCAUUUUGA